AAACAUCUGUAAACAGUUUAGAGAAACACUUUUAGAUACUGUAUUGUGUAUUCUACCCAAAAGCGCAUAUAUUAAAGAUUUAUAAUGGAUAUGUACGAUGUGCUUGAAAAACUUGGCAGAGGGACCUUUGGGACUAUAUAUUUAUGCCAAAGAAAACAUAACAAGCAAAAAUUAGUGAUUAAAGAAAUGGUUACGGAUCUAAAUGCAGACGAUUUAAGAAAUGCAAAAAAUGAAGUAUCAAUUUUAAAAUCACUUGACCAUCCUAAUGUUAUAGCCUACCAUGAUAGUUACGUUAAGAAUUGCGCGUUUUAUAUUGUGAUGGAAUAUGCUGAACAUGGAUGUCUACAAGAAUACAUUGCCAAAAAAAUACCAGAAUAUUUAUCUCCCCAGGCUGUAAUAAACUUUUUUUGUCAAAUACUUAUGGGGUUAAACCAUAUACAUGAAAAAGGCAUUAUCCAUAGAGAUUUAAAAUGUGAAAAUAUAUUUUUGACUGGUAUUCAUCAGGAUGUAAUAAAAAUUGGUGACUUUGGUAUUUCAAAAUUACUUUACAAUAAUAAUAAAGCAAGAACUAUUAUUGGUACUUAUAAUUAUGUUGCUCCUGAAUUAUGUGAUGGAAAACCUUAUGACACUAAAAGUGAUAUUUGGGCAUUAGGAUGUAUUUUAUAUGAGCUUUGUCAAAUGGAAAAAAUGUUUGAAGGAACUAUUUCUAACGUUGUACUAUCAAUUGCUAAUGGAAAAUUGAAGUCAAUUAAUAUUAAAAGAUAUGGAAAACAGAUGCAAGCCCUAUUAAAUUUACUUUUACAGCCAAAUCCUAAAGACAGGCCCGACACCAAAACAUUAAUGACUUUAGGUGACAUAUUUCCAUCUCUCCAUUGUCUAUCUUUUAAUUUAGGAUGUAUUUAUUAAGUUGUUUCUUCGUAUUUUAUUUAUUUUUAUAUUAUUUACAUGCUGAUAACAUAUGAUUUAUACAUUUUUUAAAAUAAAACAUUAAGU